AUGAAUGAUCUGAUGACGAAAUCGUUCCUAAGUUAUGUGGAACUCAAGAAACAAGCCAAGAACGAUCUUGAAUCAGAGCGUGACGUGGAGAAAGGCGAAGCCAAUGAAGAAACUCUCUCUACGGGUUUCUUCGCAGAGAUCGAGUCCAUCAAAGCCCUAAUCGAAGAGAUCACUCAUCUCUUACACGAUCUCAAGCACCUCAACGAAGAGACCAAGUCCACGCACAGCGCCAAGAUCCUCCGCGGGUUGAGAGACAGGAUGGAGUCCAACAUCGUCGCCGUCUCACGCAAGGCAAACGCAGUCAAAACCCUAAUCGACGCCAUCGAGACCACGAGUUUCAAGGAAGGUUCUUGCACGGACAGGACACGUGUUGCGAUCACGAACGGUGUUAGGGCGAAACUGAGAGAGACUAUGGGAGAGUUCCAUCGCUUGAGGGAGAGGAUCUUUGCUGAUUACAGAGAAGAUCUCAAGAGUAAGUAUUUUUUAGCGACUGGUGAAGAACCAAGUGACGAGGACAUGGAGAAGAUGGUGUCUGGAGAGGGGCUUGUGAAGACGUUUGAAGUGAAAGCUGAGAUGGAUUUGGAGACCAAAGAGAGACAUGAAGCUGUGAAUGACAUUAAGAGGAGUCUUAACAGGCUUCACCAAGUGUUCCUCGACAUGGCUGUUCUUGUUGAGACGCAAGGAGAUAGGGUUGAUGAUAUUGAAGCUAAUGUGGCUGUUGCAGGGAGCUUUGUGAGUGGAGGGACUAACAGUUUGUUCUAUGCGAAUCAGAUGAGGAAGAAGAACAGGAAAUGGGUUGUUUGGGGUUCGGUUUUGGGUGUUAUCAUUCUUCUUGUGUGUUUGAUCUCCAUGCUUGCUUCUCGUUGAAGUGUGUUUUGGUGGAGAUUUGCUGCUUCUUUUGAUUAGUCUUUGAUGGAAGCUUGAUACAUUUUUUCAAGUGUAUUGCAGACUUGCAGUGUUCUAGUUUACUUUCUCAUGGCUUUGUAUCAGUGACGUCCAG